AUAAUGAGACAGGAAGGUGGCAAAGGAAGGAGCCAUUUGCAUGACAAUAAUUGAGCCAAGAAUAGAAAGCCACAGGGAUACAAGGGUGAGGCUGGCAGCUGAGCUGGGCUAAACCUCACAAAUCAGACUACCCAGCUCUGCUCUGCAGGAGAAGGGAGGCUGAGCCCUGGGCCAGGCUUGGCAGGGCGGGAAUGGGGAGGACACGGCCCCAGGGCAUUGUGGGAACACUGGCCAGGCUGGACUUUGCUUUUAUCCUCGUCCUUCAGCCGGGAGGUUGCCUUUGCUUGCCUUUGCCUUUGAGGCUCUGUGGCUGUGGCGUGAGUGGGCAUCAUGGCAGCUCAGAAAGAUCUCUAUGACGCCAUUGUGAUUGGGGCAGGCAUCCAGGGCUGCUUCACUGCAUACCACCUGGCCAAACACAGGAAGAGGGUCCUGCUGCUGGAGCAGUUCUUUCUACCACAUUCCCGAGGAAGCUCCCAUGGACAAAGCCGGAUAAUCCGAAAGGCAUACCUGCAAGACUUUUACACCAGGAUGAUGCAUGAGUGCUAUCAGAUAUGGGCCCAACUGGAGCAAGAGGCUGGAACCCAACUGCACAGGCAGACCGGACUACUGCUUCUGGGAAUGAAGGAGAAUCAAGAAUUAAAGACAAUCCAGGCCAUUCUGUCUAGGGAGGGGGUGGAACACCAGUGUCUUUCAUCUGAGGAACUGAAGCAACAUUUCCCAGAUAUCCGGUUGACCACGGGAGAAGUGGGGCUCUUGGACAAGUUCGGAGGAGUUCUUUAUGCAGACAAGGCUCUCAGAGCCCUGCAGGAUGUGGUUGCACAGCUAGGAGGCAGAGUGUGUGACGGACAGAAGGUGGUGGAGAUAAACCCAGGACUACCAGUCACGGUGAAAACCACCUCCAGGAGCUACCGAGCUAAGAGCUUGGUCAUCACAGCAGGUCCUUGGACCAACCAGCUCCUCCGUCCCCUGGGCAUUGAGCUGCCUCUUCAGACCCUGCGGGUCAACGUGUAUUACUGGCGACAGAUGGUUCCUAGGAGCUAUGGUGUGUCCCAGGCCUUUCCGUGCUUCCUGGUGCUGGGCCUGAGUUCCCACCACAUCUAUGGACUGCCCGCAGGAGAGUACCCAGAGCUGAUGAAGGUCAGCUAUCACCACGGCAACCAUGCAGACCCUGAGGAGCGGGACCGCCCCACAGCACGCGCAGACAGCCAAGACAUCGAGAUCCUGAAACGCUUUGUCAGAGAUUACUUACCUGACCUGAAGCCCGAACCUGCCAUCAUCGAGCACUGCAUGUACACGAACACCCCUGAUGAGGACUUCAUUCUCGAUCACCACCCAAAGUAUGACAACAUUGUCAUUGGUGCUGGAUUCUCUGGGCACGGGUUCAAGCUGGCCCCUGUGGUGGGGAAGAUCCUGUAUGAAUUAAGCAUGAAAUUAACACCAUCUUAUGACCUGGCACCUUUUCGAAUCAGUCGUUUCCCAAGCCUGGGCAAAGCCCAUCUUUGACCUCUGGUGAGAAGCCUCCCUUCUGUGCACAGGAGCCGAUUUCACAGACGGAGAUGUCUCAGAUGAAGGGAGUGUCCCUGUGAUGUCACCCGUUUCUUCUGCCUCACUUGAAUCCCUCAUAAACACCAGAUGAUUAAGUCUACCUUCUUUCCUUGGCCAGCUCCCCAUUCACAACUACUUUUUUGUUCCCAGAAUGUUGAUCAGAUAUUCUACAAUCGCAGAGUAGUGAGGACCUUUGAGAUGGAUAUAUCAGUAAGAAGAGGGCACAAGAACUGGCUCCGGAGACCAAAGCAGUUGUUAAAAAUUCUCUUUGUUGGGGGCCGGGCACCUUGGCUCAUGCCUGUAAUUCUAGCACUUUGGGAGG